UAGUUCACCCACAAUCCCAAAUUUGUCAAAAUCUGAAGGCGGCCCAAAAUUGCCGGCCCUAAAACUGGUAGAAGCAAGUAAGCAACUGGACUACCGGAGAAAUUAGUGAUUUGUCAAGGGGAACUGUUCACGAAGCAGCCGUUGUUGGACGCACCGGCCGGACAUGAUGAAUUAUGCAACAUCCCUGUGUAGAAGACUGAAUCUCAGUGAGCUGGUAUCAAAAGUUCCAGUCUACAGUUCUGGUAGUGAUGCAUCUGGAGGGGGUUUGAACUUGAUAUUGAGGCGUUGGGCUUCCAAGAAAACUGCAGGUUCCACAAAAAAUGGGAGAGAUUCAAAACCCAAGAAUCUUGGGGUGAAGAAGUUUGGUGGAGAAAGAGUCAUACCUGGAAACAUUAUUGUUCGUCAAAGAGGCACCCGAUUCCACCCUGGGAAUUAUGUUGGGAUCGGCAAAGACCACACUCUAUUUGCUUUAAAAGAAGGUAAUGUCAAGUUUGAACACCAUAAGCUUAGUGGACGCAAAUGGGUGCAUGUUGAGCCCAAGGAAGGUCAUAUGCUUCACCCUAUCUACUCAAAUGCUGCAGUUUCGCAACUGGAGACGAGUGUUUAAUUCUCUUGCAGUAGCAUAGCAUGACAAUGUUUUGUACACAGAAUUUAUUCAUCUCAUGAACAUGAGAUAUUGCAUUUUACGUUUUUUGUGAAGACAAUGGGACUUCUGAUCUGAUUUCUUUGUUUAACA